GGGCUGGCCGAUGGGCAGAGGGGCUUUAUUGGGCAGAGCUCAUUAGAACACGGAUCUGAGGUUUCUGAAUGAGACAUCGGCUCGCUGAUUGGUUCUGGCGAGACACGUUUUAGAAACACCCCUGAUCACAGUGGGUUUUCUCAACGAAAAUAUGCAGACAACUGCUGUUGCCAUGACAACAGUAGCGCCCAUUCAGACAAAGGGGCAGACUAGAUGCUUUUGGGGUUCUGGAGUGGACACUGGUGACCCAGUAUGGCACCAUGCCACACAGUCCUGGUGACAGUCAGUGAUGGUGUGAGGAGCUUGCUGUCUCAUUACUAUCUACGCAUAAACAGCCAUGUGAGAGCAACUACUUGACAAUAGAUUUUUUAAAUUUUUUGAAUUUGAUCUUUUUAACUUUAUAAGCGUCUUGGUCUUUGUUUUUUUCUUAUUGAACGAUCAAACACGGGCUUGGUUACGUGCUGUGUCAUUGGCUGUAUGACUGUUGUGUGCGUUAAUCAUUUAUGUUUAUAGCUUCAAGAAGAUAAUCACUAGGAGGUAAAAGAGCCAAAGGUCUCAUCCAGAUCGUCAGUGACAAGGAAGCUUCUGUGAUCGUCAUCUGAUAUGGGGGGAAUCACAAGAAAUAUUUUCCUGUUCUGCCUUAUCAGCUUUGUCGGUGCAAAUAACGCUCCUAUAAUCAUACCCGAGGUUUAUCAACUGUGCGAGGACACCCCCGAAGGAAGCCACGCAUUCAAUAUAGUCGCUAGUGAUGAUGAAGGCGACCCACUGACUUUUACACUUAUUGACCCCAAUAGUGCCUUCUUCACAAUUAACCCAUCAACUGGGAGUGUAACAGUCAAACAAACGCUGGACAGAGAGACUGGAACUGUAAUGAAGCUUGGAGUUAGUGUCUUUGAUGGUCUCAAUACUGUAGCAGUUGAGGUGACUAUAAUAUUAGGAGAUGCCAAUGACAACACACCCAUAUUUGAGCAGACUUCAUAUGAAAAAACUUUUGAAGAAAAUACUGCUGUAGGUACAACUCUGCUCAAGGUUUCUGCCACGGAUGCUGACACUUCAGAUGCUGCUGUUGUUCGUUACCACAUUGAUGAAGUAACUCCAUCUUCUGGAUUUGACCUGUUUAGCAUCGUGAGCACAACUGGUGAAAUCAAAUUAAGUGGAAGUCUGAAUGCCUCACUGACCACUUACUAUCGACUGCAGAUUAAUGCAACUGAUGGUGGAGGCAAGUGUCAUUUUGCUGAAAAAAAUUUUGAAUCAAGCACUGCAUUUGCCUUUAUUACGGUUCUGGAUGUUGCAGACCUUGACCCACAGUUCCUCAGCCUUCCCUACACAGGGUCAGUUAAGGAGAAUUCACCUGAGGGCACGUCUGUGUUACAAGUGACUGCCAUAGACAGGGACACCGGAAUCAAUGAUGCUAUAAUCUAUAGCAUUGAAGAUGCUACAGUAGAUGGCCUGUUUGGAAUCACAAGUGAUGAUGGCAUCAUAUCUGUACUGUCAGAUAUCGACAGAGAAACUAUUGGUGAUACUGUGACUCUGACUGUAAAGGCCAGGGAGUCUAAACUGAACAUCAACGGGAUCCAUGCCAACACCACAGCAGAAGUAGUGAUCAGCAUCGUCGACGUCAAUGACAAUCCACCUUUGUUUUACAAGUGUACAGACCUUACAGACGAGCGCUCCUGUGUGACCGCAAAUGAGUUCAUUGGAGAGGUCGAUGAACACUCGUUGGGGUUUGUUCCCCUCAGCAUGAUGGUCAGCGAUAAUGAUACGUUCGCCAACAUUGAACUAAUGCUGGAUGGAGAAUACAAGGAUGUGUUCUCUGUGGAUCCUCCAAUUAUUAUUUCAGAAAACACAGUUCAGCUCCUCGUCAGGCAGACCCAACAACUGGAUUAUGAACAAACGCAGCAAAUGGUUCUACAGAUAAUUGCUAUCGAUCGAGAACAGACUGACUUCCGCACCAGUGCUACUGUUACUAUUAACAUAAGGGACACCAACGACAACAGCCCCACGUUCCCAGAGGACACGUAUAAGCUGGAGAUUCCUGAGCACUCUCCCGAUGGGACAGUAGUGGAUACAAUUACUGCAAAUGAUCCUGACACAAUGGAUAAAGGACGUAUCACCUACAGACUUCGUCCAGACAGCAUACUGCCGUUUUUUGAUGUGAACCAGACUACCGGAGAGGUUUACGUGGUAAACGCAACUCGGUUGGACCGUGAAACCAGAUCUCUGUAUUCAGCGACUCUGGAGGCCAGAGACUCUGACAACAAGCCUGGUACCACAGUGCUGGAGAUCACUGUGCUUGACAUCAAUGAUCAGGAUCCGGUCAUCAACAGAGCGUCUUACCUGGAGAUUGUUUUUGAGGGUGAAAACCUUUCCGCUACGAUACAGGCUACUGAUGGAGAUGACCCCGAUACACCAAACAGCCAAAUUGUGUUUGCAAUCAAGCCGAGCACGUACAGUGAUUGGUUCGAAAUAGAUCCUACAACUGGUGUGUUAACAAACACUGUUGAUCUGGAUCGGGAGGCCUUGGAUCCAAAUCUGAAUGGGAGGAUUGAGCUCAUUGUAACGGCCACUGACAAAGGUGACCCCCCACGGUCCUCCUCCACCACUGUCGUCGUCAGUGUAGAAGAUGACAAUGACAACAAACCAGAAUUUAAUGAAAAGUCUUACAAAUUCACUGUUAACGAAGGAGGAAAAGGUGCAUUUGUGGGUAGCAUUAAAGCCGUUGAUUUGGACCAAACGGUGGGCUUCAACCGCAUUUCUUUCAGCAUCUUAAAUGGAAGCUUUGCCAGCUUCAUCAUCCAAACCGUUUUAGAACCACCUGGAUAUAGAGGAGAAAUCAGGGUGGACCCAGACAGCGAGCUAGACUUUGAGAGCAAUCGCACACAUUUCGAAAUGUGGGUGGAGGCAGCAGAUCUGGAGCAGAAGAAAGCUCAAGUGUUGGUAGAAGUGGAUGUGCUGGACGUAAAUGACGAGAGGCCCGAGUUCACGCCAGUGUCGCCCAUGGCAGUGAAGGAGAACACCACCCUCACUGACGCUGUGGGGAAAUUCUUGGCGCAUGACAAGGACACCAACCAUUCCCUGAUCUACGAGCUGGUGUCCGUCAAAUGCAGAUGUAGUGGCUCUUUUCAAUCUUGCAACUGGUUCAUCCUCGAUCCAACGGGAGAAAUUAGAGUCAACCCAGACUCCACAGUGGAUUACGAGGAAUGUGACCAGGCGGAGGUGGAGGCUCAGGUGGUGGACGAGUACACAGAGAAGGGCGAGAACAGCAGCCAAACAACAGGGAAAAUUCUGAUAAACAUUGAAGACAUCAACGACAACGCUCCAGUGUUCAGUCCCAUAAAUGAUGUAUCUUUUGUGGUGUCAGAAAGUGCAAAUAGAGGGACUGCAGUUGAGGAAGUCACUGCUACUGAUCGAGACUCUGGAGUAAACAGGGUGAUUACGUUUGAAGUAACAGAAGUCCGAUUUGAAGACACAUUCAAUGUCACAACUUCCGAGAAUCUACUGUUCAAUGUCCGCAACACACAGCAAGAUGAUAAAUAUGUUGGGAUAAUUCAACCUACCACAACUCUUGAUGUGACACUGAAAGGGAAGUAUCUGGUCACAGUAAGGGCAACUGACACUGGAGGCCUCUGGUCCGCCAUUGUCCUGGAGAUUUUCACGAUUGACGAAUCCUACAAAGUUGAACUUGAAUUUAGACUUCCUGUCGCAGAAGUUGAAGCAAAGCGUGCUGAAAUCACCAGCACGCUCUUUGCUGCCACCCGGGCAACUGUCGAUAUAAUUUCAGUAGAGUCAACCACUGAUGAAACAUCCAGGGCUUCAGGUAGAACCACCAUGAUUGUAUAUUUUGUCUACUCUAAUGGGACGGCUCUUACUUCUGAUAAAGUGGAAGUUAUGCUCUCUGAUCCUCAACAUUCGGUUGAACUGGCUGCACUUGGCCUCGAUAGCAUUGGGGGCACUACAGUAAAUCCCCCACCGGAAGACCCUUUGUCAUACAUCCUGUUCGGUGUGGUGGGAGGCCUCGUCAUUGUGCUGACUGUCCUCGCCACUUCGCUGAUGUGCAAUCGCAGAAAGUACAGGACGAAGCUAAAGGCAGCUAAAGCCAUGAACUCUGCAUCCAUGGUGACUUCUGACAACCAGAAAGGUGGUGCUGUGGUACCUGGAACCAAUAAGUACACCAUGGAGGGUGCCAAUCCUGUGCUCAACCUCAACAUCGACUCAACCUUGAUCCUGGACUUGGAUCAUGAGAGCUCAGACGUGGACAAAGUCAGCCUCAACUCCCUGGAUUACAGCAAUGACAUGACAUAUCCUGAAAUGGACACAAACUCUCACAUGCGUAUAAUCGAAGAGGAGGAAGAGGGUGAUGCACCACCUGAGUACGUUGAGGCUCUGGAUGCGGCGCUGGCCCAGCGAAACCCAAAGAAACACUCCAACACACCUCAUACAGGUUUUACAAACCAUGCAUUCAACACUACAGACCUGUGAUGUAAAUAAUGAAAGGAGAGACAGAGUCCUCAGAUGGACAAAUGUUCUCUGUAAUUGGGCCAACCAAAUCAAACAUAUUUGUAGUAUUGGCUGGGGGCCUUGUUUCCAAGUAGCCUUCUGGUGUGACCAGCACUAAUGUGUUAUUGAUAUUCAGCUCUGCAUGAUGCACAAGAUUCAUGGCAAAUGAUGAAUUACUUUAUCUAAAGGGUGGAAGAAAAUACAAAAUGGGAGGGAUUUUUCCACAAAAUGACAUGGAAUAUAUUUUGGUUGUUGAAUCAAGAUCUCUUUUAUUUCUGUUUUAGUUGAAAGAAUAGUUCUGGUGUUGCUUUUUUAAUCUAUAUAAAAGCAUGAAAAGCAGUUUUCCCCCGCUUCCAGUUUU